AUGGCCGCCCAACCCGAACCCGAGAUCGUUUUGUACGAUUUGGCCUGCACUAAGCACGUCAGCUUCUCUCCCGUUGUCUGGCGCAUUCGCCUCAUGCUCAACUACAAGAAUAUUCCUUACAAGACCAUCUUCCUCGAGUUUCCGGACAUUGAGCCUACGCUCAAGAGCCUUGGCCUGGUUCUAGGGGGGGAAUCCAAAUACACCGUCCCCGCAAUCCAACAUGUGCCAACCAACACAUACAUUAUGGACUCACUCCCGAUCGCGCAAUUCUUAGAGUCGACCUACCCAGACCCACCAAUGCCACUAACCUCAGACCUUGGUCGCGAGAUCGAGACCAAAGCACGCGGUGUGCUCGGCAAGGCCAUCUACUCGUCAGUGAUGCCGCGCGAGGUCCGUAUCUUGUCGCCGCGCUCGCAGGAAUAUUUCCGGCGCACGCGCGAAGCCGCCCUUGGACAUCCUCUUGAGGAUCUGCUUGACGGGGACAAGGAGGAGCAGGUCUGGGACGGUGUUGGCGACGCUAUGGGCGCUAUUGGGGAGCUAAUGCGGGUGAACAAUGCGGAUGGACCGUUUGUGCUUGGUGCCCGGCCAAGCUACACUGAUUUCUUCAUUGCCGGGUCACUUCAGUCUGUUAGAGUGAUUGAUGAGGGAGUGUUUCGGAGAAUAGUCAAGUACCCUGGUUAUGGGGAGGUUUAUGAGGCAUGUCUGCCUUACCUGGAAAGGAAGGAUUGA